UUUCUCCCAGUGAAGUAAUCUAAUUCUAUGUCCUGUUGUUUGUCAACCAUUUUUCAGAAUUUAUGCCUUGGAGCUUACUAUUAAAGGUGAACUUCCAAAAUUUACUGAGAAUGAAAUCCUGCUACCACCUGUCCGUCCGUCCUGGCUAAAAAAGCACCGCACACUGUUGGGACCCUCCCCCCAUCCCCGCCCUUUGUCCUGUUUCCUCUCGUUUUCAACUUAAAGCCCAUCCCAAAAGACCUAAAAACCCCUCCCCCAUUCACUUAAUUCCCCCCCACUCAUCUCACUUGAUAAUACAUUUGGCGUCACUCACUCACUACUCCUCUCUGUUGUUUUUCCUCUUAAUUUAAAUUCAUUUUUGCCUUGAGAGGAAAAACACACAGACAGCAAAAUAAAAUGGCUACUGGUGGUUACAGGAAUGGUGUGCAGAAGCCUCCAAACCUUCGUACUUCUUCCUCUUUCAAAUCGAAGCUUCCGCCUUCUAAUACCCGCCGCAGCACUCCUGCCUCGCUCGCCGCCGACUCCGUUUCAGGAAGAGUCAGAGUUGCUGUAAGAUUGCGACCUCGAAAUGCUGAAGAGCUGGUAGCAGAUGCAGAUUUUGCUGAUUGUGUGGAGUUGCAGCCGGAGCUUAAAAGAUUGAAACUUCGGAAGAACAAUUGGGAUUCUGAUACUUAUGAGUUCGAUGAGGUUCUUACUGAAUUUGCAUCACAGAAGCGUGUAUACGAAGUUGUUGCCAAACCUGUCGUCGAGAGUGUUCUAGAUGGUUACAAUGGGACAGUCAUGGCUUACGGUCAAACUGGUACGGGGAAGACUUAUACUCUUGGACGAUUGGGUGAUGAAGACACUUCUGCUCGGGGUAUAAUGGUGCGCUCCAUGGAGGAUAUACUUGCAAAUAUCUCUCCAGAGACUGAUUCUAUCUCAGUUUCAUACUUGCAGCUCUAUAUGGAGACCAUCCAGGAUCUACUAAAUCCAGCAAAUGAUAAUAUUUCAAUUGUUGAGGAUCAAAAAACAGGUGAUGUUUCGUUGCCAGGGGCAACCGUUUUGGAGAUCAGGGAUCAGCAAAGUUUUGUUGAACUUUUACGCUUGGGAGAAGCUCAUAGAAUUGCAGCUAACACUAAAUUGAACACUGAAUCUUCCCGUAGUCAUGCCCUUCUCAUGGUACAUGUCAAGAGAUCUGUUUCAGGCAGGGACGAUGAAUAUCCUCUUGAAACUCAAAACCGCUCUAACUUGGUUGGUAAUUUGCGGCCACCUAUGCUACGAAAAGGCAAACUAAUUGUCGUGGAUCUUGCUGGUUCUGAACGCAUACACAAAUCAGGAAGCGAGGGACAUAUGUUGGAAGAAGCCAAGUCUAUAAACCUUUCACUUAGUGCUUUGGGAAAAUGUAUAAAUGCUUUGGCAGAAAAUAGUUCUCAUGUCCCUGUUCGAGACUCAAAGCUUACAAGGUUGCUUAAAGAUUCAUUUGGAGGCACGUCCAGAACUUCAUUAGUUGUCACAAUUGGUCCAUCACCACGGCAUCGAGCUGAGACUGCAAGUACUAUAUUGUUUGGACAAAGGGCUAUGAAGGUGGAGAACAUGCUGAAGAUCAAGGAAGAAUUUGACUACAAGAGUUUGUCCAAAAGGCUUGAGAUAGAAAUUGACAAACUUAUUGCUGAAAAUGAAAGACAGCAAAAGGUUUAUGAAAAUGAGAUUGAAAGAAUCAGAUUGGAAGCUCAGAAACGCGUUGCUGAGGCUGAAAGAAAUUAUGUGGAAAUUUUAGAGGAGGAGAAAAUGAAAUGUCAGAUGGAUUACAUGGAAUCAAUUAAGAAGCUUGAGGAGAAAUGGACUGCCAACCAGCAAAAGCAUGCCAUUAAUGGAGAGGUUCAGAGAGGUGCUGUUAAUGAAGAGGUUGCUGAGCUAAAAACUAUGCUUCAAAAUGAAACUCGCCUGCGGAAGGCAGCUGAAGAGGAAAUUCAAAACUUAAAAACACAGCUACUUCAAUUCUCAAAGAUGGAGUUGGCAGGGGGAAGUACUGACGACCUUAGCCUUCCAGAAGUGCUGGGAGAGGAGAGUCGUCAGAAGAAGAAACUUGAAGAAGAAGUGAAAGUUCUACGAAGUCAAUUGGCUCAGCUGUCUAUAGAAGCUAAUCAAGCUAGAAGCUAUUCGGACAGCGGCAACUCUGGUAACGCCCUUCUUGGUCUGGAUUGCUUUACUCCACUUAAUCAUCUGCGGCCUAGAGAUGGAAGCAAUGGAGAAAGAGCGUCAAUUACAAACCUUCAUGAACAAGUUGGAUUGCAAAAAAUAUUGUCAUUGCUUGAGUCAGAGGAUGCCAAUGUGCGGAUUCAUGCUGUGAAAGUGGUGGCCAAUUUAGCUGCAGAAGAAGCGAAUCAGGAAAAGAUAGUUGAAGCUGGUGGGCUUACUUCGUUACUGAUGCUCCUUAGAAGGUAUGAGGAUGAAACAAUCCGUAGAAUAGCAGCUGGUGCAAUUGCCAAUCUUGCUAUGAAUGAGUCUAAUCAAGAGCUCAUAAUGGCCCAAGGUGGAAUCUGUCUAUUAGCAAUGACAGCUGCUGAUGCUGAAGAUCCUCAGACUCUGAGAAUGGUUGCUGGAGCAAUAGCUAAUCUAUGUGGGAAUGAUAAACUGCAAACAAGGCUGAGGUCAGAAGGCGGCAUCAAAGCUCUAUUAGGGAUGGUAAGAUGUAGACAUCCGGAUGUUCUGUCUCAAGUUGCCCGCGGUAUCGCAAACUUCGCAAAGUGUGAAUCUAGGGCAUCUUCUCAAGGAACAAGAGAAGGCCGAUCUCUCUUGAUUGAGGAUGGUGCAUUGCCGUGGAUAGUACAAAAUGCCAAUAAUGAAGCGUCACUAAUCAGACGCCAUGUUGAGCUUGCACUCUGCCACCUGGCACAGCAUGAGGUUAACGCAAAAGAUAUGAUCAGUGGAGGAGCCCUGUGGGAGCUAGUUCGUAUUUCACGUGACUGUUCUAGGGAAGACAUAAGGGCUCUUGCUCGUCGAACUUUGACAUCAAGUUCCACAUUUCAAGCUGAAAUGCGACGCUUGAGAAUAGAGGUGUAAAUACCGAUUUAUUGACCUAACCUAAUUUCUCCUCUUAUAUAUCUCUUGGUGACCAGCAAAAGGUCUUUAGAAUGCCGUCUGCAGCACUUAGGGAUGCUGUACCAUGAAAUGUGAUUAUAGCUUCUGCCUGAAAAGAUUCUCCAUAUGAUUGUCCGUUAACUUUUUACGUUACCACAUUUUUUUGUGCCGGCAGUCCCUAUAUGCGGUUGCUUCAGCUUCAGUUUUGUAGUGGUUGAUUUUUCAUUUACUGGCAGUUGUAUAUAAGAAGAUAGUCGAUGAAAUUUGUUUUUGUGUGAUAAACUUGAAGCAUGUCCCCUGUGUGAGGUUUCAUCAAACUUAAUGCAGUUAUCAAUGAGACUUUGCUCAA